AUGGAAACUGAGUCACCUGUAAAUGAAAGUCAAAAUAAGCAGCAAACCCCAAGGCGAAUUGAUGAAAAUAAUAUGCUAUGGAUACCUAUACAAUCGGUUAACCCUCAUUUAAUAUGUGGGUUGUGUCAAGGAUAUCUAUAUGAAGCAUGCACAAUAACAGAAUGUAUGCACUCAUGUAAGUAUUUUUUAUUGUUGAUAUUGAUUUGAACAUAUUGCCUUAAUUAUCUGUUUCAGUGUUUAUCAAACUGUUGAAAACAUGAAUUCAUCAUUUAAAAUAAUCUUGAUUCCUGCUUCACAAUUUUUUUGGGUACACAAGGAACAAAAAACUGAAAUUCAACAAACCUAACACAUACAAAUGUAAUAUUCUAAUUGUAACUUCUAGGCUCUGUUUAUGUUGAAUUAUGAAACAUAUAAUUAUUAUAUGGUUAAAAAUCCUUACAGAUGAUGGAAUUGAGAAUUCAUAGGCUUUUUUUAAAUUGUUGGUACCAUAUUUCAUAAUUUAUCAUUUUCAAUUCAUUUCUUGUGGUUCAGUUUAAGAUUACAAACAGCUUUAUUAAAAUAAAACACACUGAGCCUGUUUUUUAGUAUAAAUUUACAUUACAUCCCACUUUGACCAUUUCAUUAAAAUAAUUAAUCUGUUGUAGGAUAUUAUUUUAAUUUGUCAAAUUAGUUAUAAUUUCUUAUGUUCAAGUCUGUAAAAACUGCAUUGUGAAACACCUGGACAGGAGUUUGAACUGCCCUAUGUGUGCUAUACUUAUCCACCCUACAGACCCAUUUGUACAUAUAAGGUAGAGUGAGUUAAAAUUAAAAAAAAAUGGCUUUAGAUAAAUUUAAUGAAGUACUGAUAUAAUUACUGUGCUAAUGGAAAAUACACAAUUGUCAUAAUGAGUUCUAAACAGACAAGACGGCAACGUUUGUAUGAUUAUUACUAUAUUACACUUAAGUUUACAAAUUUUUCCAGAAAAAAAGCACCAACCAUAUAAAAAAACAUGCUUUAUUAUAAUUAAAGAAAUCUUUUAUUUCAUAUAUCUUGCACAGUUGCUCUUCAUGGACCAGCUAGCAAAAGUCAAAUGUUUUACCAUUUAUGUUAACAUUCCACAUCUUUAUGUUUCACUUUGCUUUUUAUCCUCUCCACUUAGACUUGAUGGAUUAUUACAAGAUAUUGUAUAUGCUCUUCUACCUCAUGUGGAAAAAGGUAUGUCAUAGACGUUGCAAGAGAAGAAAAUCAGUCUUUUAAAACGUUAAAUGAAGUAUGUCACAUUUUCACAAAUCUUUCAUACAAAUGUGAAAGGGGCAAGCAAGAAAUGGCAUUAUACUUAUGUCAAAGUAGAUUGCUUAGAGGAUUGUUGUUUUGGUUUGUAGAGGUUGGCUGUUGCAGGCAGACAGUGGUAUUAUAAUGAUUGAGGAGUAAAAGCCUACUAAAUACUGAAAUUCAAAGAGGAAAGCUACGUUUAUUAGAUUUUUAGAAACUAGUAAAUUAUCCAACUCCAUUAAAUGGUGAUAAGAAUCAGAGAGAAAUAAAUUUACUUAUAAUAUUUUCAAAAUAAAUCUUUAAUUUGGUACUAAAUAUGAAUGACUUUUACAAGAAAGAGGAGUAACCCUUUUUAUAUAAUAUUUGUUAGAAAGCAAUGGGAUCCAUUUAAAAAAAAAUCUUAUUUUUUUCUUCAGAGGAAUUGAGGAAAGAAAAAUCAUUUUAUGAGAAACAUAACAAGGAAUUUGGCAGUAAGUUGCUAUUUUGUUUAUAUUUUUGAAAACAUUUCUUUUUAAAAAGCAGUUGCAUAAUCAGCCUUUCGAUAUUAAACAAGAUGUUUGAAUUAAGAAUAAACAAUGUCAGAGAAUAUCUAUUCAAAAAAUAGAACUCUGAAAAAAUCUUUUGUUGUGUAUUUUUUUAGAUAAUCAGAGACAUCCUCCUCCAAAAGCUGCUCCUGUUCAUCAACCAGUUCGACAGCCAAUAAGUACUCCAGUGUCUCACAGAAGUUCUUAUGUUCCCUCUGUCUCAUUAUGCCUUCAGUGCUUAGAGUAAGUUAAAGACCUAUGUUAAUAUUUGAAUAGAUUUAUAGAUUGAGUGAAAAAAACUUUUUUUUUGGUUAGCAAUGUUAAGUGAUUUUUUUAUUUGCAAAAUUUAUUCAUGUAUUUUUUUUUCUUCAAACAUUCAUUAUAUUGAAGAUACAUAUUUUUAAAAAAUAUUUUGAAAACCUUUCCCUAAAUUCUUUUCCAGACCCAGAGAUAAUACUCAUAAAUUGG